AUGAGACUUUUGAGUGCUGCAUCUUCAGAUGAAGCUUCACGAUUGAAGGAAUUUUCUUCUUGGGUUGCUUCUAUUGGAGACGAAGUUGUUGGUGGUCCAAAUGAUGGUGAAGUGACUAUUGAUCUUCCUUCUGACAUUGGGGAUCCUCUUAGAACAAGUGUUUCAAAGAUAUAUCCGUCCUAUAUGAAUCAUGAAGAGUUGAGUAAUUGUUUACAUGAUCGUACUAUACUUGCUCCUACUUUAGAGGUUGUUGAUGAGGUUAACCAAUUCAUGAUGUCGUUGGAUCAGUCUCAGGGUCGAGUUUAUUGGAGUUCUGAUAGUAUCUCAAACUCAGAUUUGACCUCAAAUGGCUUAGCUGAGAUACAUUCUGCUGAAUUUUUGAAUAAGUUGAAGUGUUCAGGUACACCUAAUCAUGAAUUGUUGUUGAAAGUUGGUACUCCUGUGAUGUUGUUAAGGAACAUAGAUCACUCGAAUGGAUUGUGUAAUGGCACCAGAUUGAUAAUUACACGUUUGAGUGAUUAUGUUUUGGAGGGACAAGUAUUGGGUGGUCAUAAAGUUUUGAUUCCCCGAAUGUCUUUAAUACCAUCUGAUCCAAGGUUGCCAUUCAAAUUCCAACGGCGACAAUUUCCUUUGGUUGUGUCGUAUGCAAUGACUAUUAACAAAAGUCAAGGGCAAUCUCUGUCUCAUGUUGGAUUAUUUUUACGAAAAUCAGUCGUCAGUCAUGGACAAUUGUAUGCUGCUAUAUCUAGAGUUACAAGUCGUGAAGGUAUGAAGAUUUUAGUUUUUGGAGAUGAAUAUGAUAAUAGAAGUGAAGCCACUAUUAAUGUUGUUUACGAAGAAGUUUUUCAAAACUUAUGA